UGUGUAUGUUUAUCUUGCUUUGCUUAAAUUCAAAAGAAUAAGUUGUUUGCGCCAUUGCUGCAAGGAAUGAAAUUUAAAUUUUAACAAACAUGUAUAUACGUAAAAGCAAAUUUAAAGUUAAAAUAAUUAAAAAGUGUGCUACUCUUCAUGCUAUGAGAGUUACUUGCGAAGGAAUUUUAACGUAUGUAUAGGAUUAAGGUCUAAACAGAAGUGCAAUCAAUCAAUUUUUGUGAAAUAUUUGCUACGCGCAGAUAUGCCACGUUACAAUAGUGAUUCUGACAGUUCCCCAAGAAGUCGUUCUAAGAGGAGAAAGAUGAAGAAAAGCACGCGGCGAAAUAGCAGCUGCUCAUCUUCUGCAUCUCGUAGUUCUCUUGAUACGGAUAAACCAAAGAGGUACCGUCAAAAAUCUUCCAAUAGAGAUCACUCAUAUCUUAAAAAUCAUAAAAGAAGAAGCAGAACUCGCUCAAGGACUAGAAAGGCAAGAAGUGGAUCACGUUCAAAAAGUGGUAAAACUAACAACAGAUCAAAAGAUAUUAAAACUCGAAGUCGAUCACGUUCUCGGGGUCGUAACACUAGAAGCCAUUCUAAGGAACGUAGAGCUCGAAGCAAAUCACGCUCAAGGGAUCGUUGGCCACAAAAUUUAAAAGACCAAAAAUGUAAAAGGAGGUCACAUUCCAGGGACCAUAUUAGUAGAUCAUCUUCAAGGGGCAAAAAGUCCCUAAGUAGAUCUCAUUCAAAAGAGAGACAUUCUAGGACUAAUUCUCAUGAUCGUAGUUACAAUUCUCAUUCAAGUACUCACAAAAGUAAUAAAAAGAAGCAUCAAAGACAUUCACCUCUGAGGCAUAAGCGUAGCAAGCAUACUGCUAGAUCACGUUCUCGCAGUCGAGGAAGACGUGCUCGUAGGUCUUCUUCGAGUUCCAGAAGUGAUUCUUUAAGUCAGUCUUCUAAACUUUCUAGAAGAAAUUCCCAUUCUAAAUCUUCAUCUCCUAGAAGGUCAAAAUCUCAUAAAGGAAAUGACAAAGGAAAAUUUGAGAGUGAAGAUGCACUUAAAGCCAAACUGCAGGCAGCAUUUAAAGCUGCUGCAAAUGCAGAUGCAUUGUUAAGGGAAAAAGGUCUUCUACCUGACAUGAGUGGUAAAGAUAAACCUGUAUCUGAAGCCAUCGUUGAAUUGACGAUAGAUCAACAGGUUAAGAGAGCUCAAGCGAUAGAAGACAUAAAUGCAUCAUCAUUUGUGCAACAAGAUUUCAAGUCAAGUCGAUCGUGGGGGAAAACCAAACAUGAAGUUCCAUCUGAUGCUUCUAAUAAUGUUGAGCUUGAAGCUUCUGUUGUACAGACUUCGAUAACUGCAGAUGACAGUUGGAAGAAUGAUCCAGAAAAAUUAGCUCAUCCUCAGCUUUCCAUAAACUUAGAUAAGAAAAAAGAGAGAUGGAAAGAAAAACUUGCCUCAAUGAGAAAACAACUUGUGGACCCUUAAUUUGCAAGCAAAAUAUGUUUUAAAAAAUAGUUUUACAGAAUUUGUAAAUAAAAAUCUAUUAUAACAA